AUGUCCUCAAAGCAAGCUCAAAACCCCUCGCAAUACACCACCAUCUCUCGGCCCCAACAAGAUCAAUCACCACACAUCUUUACACACCAUGAAUCCAAAGGCUCAGACAGACUCAACGCCUGGCUGUCAUCUCCCGCUUCGGCGGCGCCGUUCCAUAACAUCAGUGCCUACCGAUCGUCAGCUUCCGCUUCCGGUAGCGGCGCGAACGUGUGGGGCUCGGGGCCGGCUCCGAGCAGCAACGGCGCGACGUGGGGCAGCGGGCACGGCCGUCAAAGCUGA